AUGACCAACAAUAUUGUUGUGCUCGGCGCUGGCGUCUCAGGCCUGACCGCCGCCCUGCUGCUAUCCAAGAGCAAAGGCAACUCCAUUACCGUAAUCUCCAAGCAUAUGCCCGGCGACUAUGAUAUCGAGUACACCUCGCCGUGGGCUGGCGCCAACAUGCUGCCGUAA